AUGUCUCCUUUCAUCCACACGUUUGGCUUUCUCUUCCUCUGCUUUCCAACUCUGGUCAGCAGCAUCAUAUUUCAUCAAAGUCUUCCUCAGAUUGUGAACGUGAGCUCUAAGGUCCGCAUCGCAUGCAGCCACGGUGACGGGACCCGCCUUGUGAUGCUCUGGUACCAGCAAAGAACAGGCAGUCCGUCUAUGACCCUCAUUGGGUUUGGAUAUGGCACAGGAGACCCGACCUACGAGGGUCACUCUUACGUCAGAGGACGCAUGUCUUCACAGAGCAGAGAAGUUAGGCAGUCGGUCUCAUACUCGAAGAUGUGGAAGAUGUGUUCAGCUGGAAUCACACUUUUUCUCCUGCUCUUAUUUACAUAUCAAGCCAACUGUGUGACAUUCCAGCAACCUCAGUCCAGGAUAGUCAACGUAGGCGAAAGAGUAGAAAUCCAAUGCAGCCACGAUGAUGACAGUUUAUACGUGAUGCUCUGGUACCAGCAAAGGGAUUAUGGAGCGAUGAGCUUAAUUGGAUAUAGCUAUGACACAAACAAACCCGACUAUGAGCCGGCGUUUCAGAAUCACAUCGAGAUUUUGAGAGAGACCAGAGUGAAAGGAGCUCUGAGCCUCCCCAGUGUCAAACUGUCACACUCAGCUGUGUAUUUCUGUGCUGCCAAAAUUGCAAAGAGGAGCCCCAAGAGACAAGGAAGAGGUUUUUGUAACAGUCUGAGAGCUCUGUGUUCAUUCAGCGAGGCUUAUUUCGGCGCUGGAACUAAACUGACCGUCUUAGCACCAAAUAGAACAGUUGAGCGACCAACGGUGAAAGUGUUUAAACCUUCAACAAAGGAGUGUCAAAAUGAAAAAGACAAGAAAAACAAGAAGACCUUGCUGUGUGUGGCCUCUGGUUUCUAUCCGGACCAUGUGAAUGUGUCCUGGCAGAUUGAUGGGGUGGACGUCAAAGAUGGCGUCGCCACCGAUCACUCUGCCCACUGGAAUGGUACCCACUACCGCAUCACAAGCAGGCUGAGAGUCUUAUUUUCACAGUGGUUCAAACCAGGCAAGAAUUUCACCUGCACCGUCGACUUCUUUGCUGGGGAGCAGACGGUUCCUUCUGUAGGCUGGGUCGCAGGCAUUCGAAAUCCAGGAGCUGCAGCAAUAAGAAACAAGUAUCUGAAGACCACCCACAAUGCCAAGCUGUCAUAUCUGGUUUUGAUCAUCAAGAGCAGCAUCUACGGACUCUUUGUGAUCAUCCUGGUGUGGAAACUUCAGGGGUUUUCAAGAAAACCAGAGAAAUGAGAGCUGAGCUGAACGACUGAGCUGCUUUCUGUGAAAACAAAAACAUUCACAGUAUCCUAAAGCUUUGCUUUCCAUUUGACUUUCUUCCAUUUAGUAUAUAAAUAAGUGCACAUCCUGUGCUGUUAUUAGUUAUUAUUCUGUUAGUUUGUGUAAGUGCUUUGUGCUCAGUUUGCUUCUUAAUAAAAGUACUCCUUA